CGGUUCAGUCCAAUGGCAGCUGUGGAGGGGAGUAUGGGCUGCACCCGUUACUAGGUGGGGUUUAUCAUGGGUAUAAAUAUACUCUCUCUGCCUCUACAACGCCCCUGGAAACCUCAGUGAGACUAACUUCUUCCCUCUCAGGCCACGCGACAGACUCCAGCGUCCCACCAUGUCUUUCAUCAGUGCCUUCUUGCAGCAGACGGUCUAUCUGGGCAUGCCCGAUGACUCACUCCAGAAGAACGAGGGGACGGUGACUGCGGCGGCCAAUUUCAGCCCCAAUGGCGAUGCAGCGAUCUUGGACAAGGCCAUCAAGGCUAAAGGUGUGGAUGAGAACACCAUCAUCGAAAUUCUGGUGAAGAGGACCAACGAGCAGAGACAGCAGAUCAAAGAGGCUUACCAGCAGGCCAGCGGCAAGAAGCCUCUGCUGUCACUCAGCCAACCAGGAAGCACCAUCGAGCACCGACGAAAAAGAUUCCAAGCGCUUUCUCACAGGCCAAAUUGUGACUGCGCCUACGGACGCACUGGGUCGCAGCAUCUCCAAUACCAUCAGAACUGCAGCUCCAUCUGCUCCCGCGCCGCGAAGUACCCCCUCCGUCUGCCCAGUCGGUCACUGACGCCCUCACUAGCUCCAUCCCACUCAACGUCCAAUCCCAGCUGCUACCUACGAAGUCAGCAGCUGCAGCCUGUGACUCCCAGCGACUCAGUUGUCUUCAGCCACCACCCAGAUAUGGAACACUGUAUCAACUUCAUUUUCACGCAUAAACGCGAGACAAAUCGCUGGCGUCGAAACGCCAAGGAAACACAAUCCGCGCCCUAUCAGCCACCCAGUUUGUUCUGUUUGUCACCCUCUCCCGGCUUACUGAACGAGAACACACUCCAGGGCGCCGAUCUAGAGAAAAUACUUGGCAUGGAGUGCGCCGGCAAGCACAACACUCGCGCUCUGCCGGGCGAUCCGGCUCCUAACCAGAGAGAGCGACAUUGUCUUUUCUCUUCAUCCCAGGCCGGCAGGACUGAAGGAGUUUGUGAGCAGCUGAUUGACAGCGAUGCCAGGGCUCUGUACGAGGCCGGGGAAGGGAGGAAGGGCAAAGACAGCUCCGUAUUCAUCGACAUCCUCUUGAGCAGGAGUGCCUCUCAUCUCCGUAAAGUAUUCGAAAGGUACUCAAAGUACAGCAAAGUGGACGUGGCCAAAGCUAUUGACCUGGAGAUGAAGGGAGAUAUUGAAAGUUGUCUCACAGCAGUAGUGAAGUGUGCUGGAAGCAGGCCUGCGUUCUUUGCCGAGAAGCUCUACUUGGCCAUGAAGGGUAAAGGGACCCGCAAACCUAUCCUGACCCGCAUCAUGGUGUCCCGCUCUGAAAUUGACAUGAAACGGAUCAAGGAUGAGUACAAGAAAAACUACGGCAAAACACUCUACCAGGAUAUUCUGGAUGACACUAAGGGAGACUAUGAGAAGAUUCUGCUCGCCCUCUGUGGGGGUGAAAACUAAUCGGCAACCAGUGGGAUCAAGGCUCAUACAACUGAAGAUCCAGCAGCGAGUUCAGCUGCGGAAAAUCACCUAUAAUCUCUUGACACACAUUGUGCCCCUAUGUUCUUGUGGAGAACUGACAUUUAGAAAAUAUAUAAACAGCAAUGAUGAGCAAAGAUUAACGUGGAAUCGGCACUGCUUCAGCAGAUAUUUCCUCUCCCAAGUUAUUCCUUUUCAUUCCAGCACUCUUAUUUCAGCAUAGAUCUGAUAGCAGCGUGCCAGUGGACCAAUGCUCUGGGACAGACUUAGCUUCAUACUCAUUAGAGUCUCAUAUCUGGUGCUCGAAGACAAGCUGAUGUCGCUGAUCACAGUGCAGCUGCUGACAGAUGUAUACAGAUCACACAUGUGCUUAUCAUAUUCAGUGGCAGCAGUAGGCUUACCCUUGAAGGAGCUUGGAUAUCUUGCAAAUAAAAAGCUUUUUGUAUGAAGGCU